CCUUUGCCAUGUAUCAACCGGAAUCGCUCUCUGACGACGAUGAUGAAGAAGAGGUUAUCUUCACUGACGUUGCAGACGUGCUUAACACCGCCGCAGAGGAAGGGAUUGUUUUACCUCCGCACCAAAUAUGUGCAUCUCACACACUAAACUUAAUUUCAUGCGCUGACGUGCUGAAGUGGCUCCUUUCAAAUCCUGGGACUAAAGGAAUCUACAGAAGCUCUACAGCUAAGUGCACAGCACUGUGGAAUAAGGCAAGCAGGUCCACAGUGGCCUCAGAGAUAGUGAGCGACGUGUUCACCAAAAAGCUGCUUGUGCCAUGCACUACAAGAUGGAAUUCAUUUUAUGAUGCUGUGGCAAGAAUUGUUGAAAUGCCUAUGAUUGACUUGAGUGCCAUCUCUGAUCGUUUACAGCUAAAAUAUAUUAGCGACAGGGAACUUCAUUUUCUGAAGGAAUAUUGUGCCAUAAUGAAGCCACUCACAGUUGCUCUGGACAUCCUGCAAGGAGAGGACAACUGUUACUUUGGCACCCUCCUGCCCACUCUAGAAACAUUAAUGUCAAAGACCCUGGAGAUGAAAGACAGUCUGACUGUAGCAACUGGCCUACCUGAAGCCAUAGUUCAGGCUAUCAAAAAACGAUUUGCAUCUGUCUUGGAAAGCAACGAUGUAAUGCUGGCAGCCGUCACACUUCCCAAGUUUAAGUUACGGUGGGUGAGAGACCAGAAGAAGAAAGAGAUGGUCAAGGGAAUCCUGGCAGCAGAGUGUCACAAGUUUCUCCCUGGCCCUGAGCAGCAACCAGCCAAGAAUCCUGUGUCUCCGACAACUCCACCAGACUCAGGCUCCUCCAAAGACAAAGAGCAGGACUUUUUUUGCUUUGAGGAUGACGAUGAAACCUUCAGCACUGUGGAAACUGAGGUAAUGGCCUACUUGAAAACAGCCGAAACAGGCAUGGAGAUUCUCAAAACAUUUCCCACAAUAAAGGCAAUUUGUCUGAAGCUAAAUGCAGCUACCCCAUCCAGUGCACCAGUUGAGAGACUCUUCAGUCUGGGAAGUCUGGUACUGUCUCCAAAGAGGAACAGGCUGUCUGACCAAAGGUUUGAGAAGCUGCUUCUCAUGAGGUACAACCACUGGUUCGAAAGCUAAACCUCCACUCAAACAUUAAUUCAGGUCUUUGCCAAUAAGCACUUUUUGUUGUUUUGAUUAACUAGGCCCACACUUGUUAUCUGUGUGUGUGUGCCACAGGGACACAACAGCACUUUAAUUUCUGUUAUAUAUAUUCCAAAACACCUAUUGUAUGCUUGCUGGACUUCAUACUUGAACUAAAGGAAAAACACUGACUUUUUUUAUACUUAUUUUGUUGGACUACAACAGCA